AUGACUUUGACUCUUUUAAGAUAUAUCGAUUUUAGGUUUGAUAAAAUAAACGAUCAUAUAGAACAACUGUCAGAGAUUGAAAACUAUGACUUGAAAUGUAUGUCGAAACCAUCUCUUAUUGUCAAUCGUCACUAUAUUCGACGCACAGAGUACCGUAAGCGUAUGCUGUGGAUUGCAAUGCAUCUUCAUUUGGAACUUUGCCAUGUGGCUCGCAAUAUUAAUGCUUUAUACGGAGUGCGAAUGACAAUACAAUUGGCAUCUUACUUUGUUCUGUUUACUGGAUAUGUUUAUAGUCAAUAUCAUAUAAUUUUAUGUUUGAGCAACGAGAACGAAUUAAUAAAAUGGUACUAUAUAAUUUUUGGCACUUUAUGGACCAUUUAUUUUUUAAGUAAACUUAUAAUAGUAAAUCACAUCUGUGAAAGUGUUAGUGCCAAGGCAGAAAAAACCAAAAUUGUAAUUCAUAAAUUGACACAUCUUAUUCGUUUUGCAGAUGCGUAUAAUGAGAUUUAUCAGUUUGGUCUGCAAAUAUCGCUUCAUCCACUGAAGUUUACCGGAUUGGGCUUAUUUUAUUUUGGAUAUAAGCUCGUCCGUUCG